AUGGAGGGCAAGAAAGAAGAAAGCAAAAAAAUAGUAAAAAGUAAACCAAGUGGUGAUAAAGAAAAUGUAAUUGUUGCUGGAGGUUCAGGAACUAACUCAUUGUGGUACCAGAACAGUGUGCUGUAUAUUGAUCAGUUAAUGGUUUUAGGUGCUAGUGAUUUGAUCAUCAGAGCAGUCCAGCUUGUUCCUCCCUAUACUGUGAAGACCUUAUUAAGAAUACCAGAACCAAGAUACAAUCACAGCAUGAAAAUAUUUGAUGAUAAUUUGUUGAUAGUUGGUGGAAGUUUACCCGGCGGAUGCAAAGACAACCUCAGCAGUGUCUUACUGUACGAUAUAAAGAAGAAUGAGCUGAAACAGUUGUCACCACUGCCGUAUGAGGUAAACCUGACAACGGGGUCCUCACCCGUCAUCGUCACCGCGCAAAGCUGUCUGGACUAUUUCAAACGAGGCUACAAAACCAAUGGCUACUAUCAUAUCAUCAAUUACGGGGUGAACGGACUUUUUCAUACCGUCUUCUGCGAUUUCACAUCAGAGCCUGGAUUCGCGUGGACUUUGGUGGAAUCUUUCGCCUUGAAACAUAAACUCCUGCGAGCUUUCCGCAAAUCACCGUUGAAGACGAACGACCCUGUGAAUCCAUACACCCCGAACUGGAAUCUUUUCCGAAUGUCGUACAAGCAAAUGAGUCAUUUGAGAUCUCAGUCCACACACUGGAGAGUCACCUGCAACUUUCAAGCAAAGCCCAUUGAUAUUUACCGAGAUUACGCCAGAGCCAGCUUCAAAGAAUUUGACGCGUUGGAUUUUGUAAGUGGUGUACCUUGCAAGAAGAUGGAAUACAUUAAUAUUCGCGGUCACCAUUGCACAGGGUGUACGGCUCGUUGGGCGGCAAAGGUUAACAACUGGUCGCUUCAUUCCGACAGUGCCUCCAAUGGGUGCGAUUUUCAGCCGAAAACGGGAGCAGUCGUCUCUGAAGAUAACUUUGGUUAUUAUUCGUCUGUGAAUAAGAAAUUCCGUUGUAGUUCCUCGCCAAGAGCAACGACCAACUAUUGGUUUGGAGGAUAUUAUUAA